UACUUACUUACAUGUUACAAUUACAAUAAGACGCAACCGAGGUUUAAAUGGAAUAAUUCUUAUUUCAUUUUAAAUGCAAAAAUACUGAGUUGUGAAACAAAUUGUUGUAUAUGACAACAUGAAUUAUACAAGACGAUUUUAAUAGAGCGCAAUAGCAUUUAUAUUAAGAUGAAUUAUUUUCGUUUAACAAAAAAUAUAGUAAUAUACAGUACAUGUUGGAAACAAGGUACAUAUGUGCAGGAAUGUAAAAAUCUAAACAAGUACAUUUUUAAAUCAUUAUGUACAUCCAAAUGGUUUCAAAAUCAAGAUACUGUUCCUAAAGCUUUACGAAAUAUAAAACCAAAAUCACAAAGAGAUACAGAAAGAAGUGUUCUUGACAUAAAGCAUAUAAGAGCAAUUGGAGGAAAAGGUGGAGAUGGAAAUAUAUCAUUUUUGCAAUUAUUUUCAAAUGCAUUGGCUGGGCCUGAUGGUGGGGAUGGCGGACACGGUGGUCACGUAAUUCUUCAGGCAUCGAUCAAUGUUAAAGAUCUUUCACAUAUAAAUAGUGUACUUAAAGCUGAAGAUGGAGAAAAAGGACAGAAUAAGGACUGUUUCGGUAAAAAUGCCGAACACAGUAUAGUACACGUACCGAUAGGUACUAUAAUACGCAGUCUAGAAGGAAAAAUAAUAGCUGAUUUAAAUCAAGAAGGAAUGAUGUUUAUUGCUGCGAGGGGAGGUGCCGGUGGUCAUGGAAAUGCAUAUUUUAAGUCUGAUGUACAACAAACACCAUGUAUAAGUGAAUAUGGAGCAGAAGGAGAAGCAAUGCAAUACGUAGUAGAAAUAAGUAGCAUGGCACAUGUAGGAUUAAUUGGUCUACCGAAUGCAGGUAAAAGUACAUUAUUAAGAGCCAUAUCUAGGGCUAGACCAAUAGCAGCAUAUCCAUUCACAACAUUGAGACCUCAUUUAGGGACCGUAUUAUAUGAUGAUUAUGAGAGCAAAUUGCAGGUAAUGGCUGAUUUGCCGGGAAUUAUAUCCGAUUCUCAGAAUAGAGGUCUCGGUAUACAAUUUCAACAUAUAGAACGUUGCAGAAUUUUAUUAUUCAUUUUGGAUACUACUUCGAAUGAUCCGUGGAAGGAUUAUGAAACAUUAAAAUAUGAAAUUACAUUUAAUGUAAAAUUAACUAACAGAUCAAUGCUGAUUGUUGCAAAUAAGAUGGAUUUACCAGAGGCUACGGUAAGACACGGUGCCGUGAAAUUUAAAUUACUCAAAGAAAAAAUUGAUUUACCAAUUAUUCCAGUUUCUGCUAAAACGGGUACAAAUAUAUCUCUUUUGUAGGAGAUAAGAAUAUUAUAUGAUAAGGACAAUAAACAAAAAGAAGAAUCAAAUGUUCUGUAACAAAAAACUAUUCGUAAUAAUAAAAUGUAUAAAACUCA